AUGGUGCGCGACUAUAAGUCCUAUGAUGAACUCAGUACACACUUUCGACUAUAUAGCAUGCCUUCGAUGGAUUCGAUGCACCGACGCAUCAAUAUGAAUCCGAAUGGUGCGUCCAUAGACUCCUUGGACCACAGUGGCUUUUAUGGAAUGCCAAUAUCGAUGAGGGCCACAACCACAUUGCUGCGUCAACACAACUUCAAGGUCAAGAUAUGCUACAAUGUGGCCAGCUGUGUGCAUUGCAAGAAGCGCAUUCGCUUUGCUGGCGCCAGUUUGCGCUGUCGUGCCUGCCCGCUGCGUUGUCACACCGACUGUUGCCACCAACUGACCAUCAACUGCAUACCCCAGCCCCUGAUAAGCAGCAAACGGGGUCACCUGAGCGACUAUGCGCCAACCGUGGCGCCAAGAGUGCCCGCCCUCAUAGUGCAUUGCGUCACUGAGAUCGAGACACGAGGUUUGCAGCAAGAGGGUCUCUAUCGCGUAUCAUCGACCAAAGUCAAGUGCAAGCGCCUGAAACAGAAGUUUCUGCGCGGCAAGGAAACGCCACAUCUGGGCAGCAUUGAUCUCCAUACGCUUUGUUGUUGCAUUAAGGACUUUCUCAGGGAGCUGAUGCGUCCGCUGAUUCCAGUUUGUCAACGUUGCGACUUCAUUGCGGCUGCCCAACAGCGCGAUCCGCUAGAAGCCGAGGAACAAGUCUAUCAGAUCAUGAUUGAUAUGCUACCCGCCCAUCGGGAUACCUUGGCCUUCCUCAUGCUGCACUGGCAGCGAGUAGCCAGAAGCCCGGCUGUUAAGAUGUCUAUCGUCAAUAUAGCAGUCAUUUUUGCACCAACAAUAUUCGAUGAUUUCGAUUUGAAUUUGAAUAAUGUGAUAGUGUGGCAGCAGGUGCUGCGAAUGCUGCUGCAAUUGCCACCAUCGUUUUGGGCGCAGUUUCUGGUAGUUGAGCCAGCCCCGUUGCUAGAUGAGCAUGAAGAGGACUCUGGUAAUGUCACCGACAGCAAUUAUGAGAGGGAUAAUGACAAACGCUGGCGCACAAUGAAAACCUACUUUAGAUCAAUGUUCCGGCGCUUACCCAUCAAAUGGCCAGCCACCAACGGUGUGUCACACGCAUAUCAGUGA